AUAAAAGAAGGGGUGGUAUAAAAGAAGGGGUUAUCGUGCAUUUUUGUAGAGGGAGUUUGAUGUUUGUGUUUUUUGAGAGAAAUUCUCUGAUACGACUUUUUAACCUUUUCCUGAGAGACCGUUAAGGACAAGGUCGACAUUGACCUAGGCGGACUACCGUUCUACACUUCAACACCAAGGAGAUAGCGUGAGGUCACGCAACGCAACACAAUCGGUACUGACAUAACGUACAACGAAUCCAAAGACGCAAUACAGCAGCAAAUAUGGCCCCGAAAAGAUCCAGGCCAGUUGCAACGGGCAGCCGCACUAGCCCCCGCCAAUGCACCCCACUCUUGCCCUACAACGAAAACGCCGCCCAGCAAGAAGCCCUCGCCCGCGCAGUAGCCGCGCGCGAAGCCGAAGACGCACUCAGAGCGCGGAGACGAAGGGUGACGCGCGCGCAGACCCGCGCUGCUGCCGCUCCUGUUCCCGCUGCUACGACUUCUCGAGGAGGCGGGAGAGGAAAAGCUGCUGCGGGAGCCAAAUCGAAAGCCGCACCGGCAACCGGGAAGAAGGGCGCCGCCGCCGUCGCCAGAGGUACGGCUACUGGACGUGUAACCAAGACGAAGACUGCACCGGCUGCCACUCGCGGUGGCAGAGGAAAAGCCCGUGGGACGGGGCGUGGAGGAGCGCGUGGAGGAGCGCGUGGAGGAGGUCGAGCUAAAACAGUAGCUCGCAAGACGAGAGCUCCCACGCCGUCCGACAGCGAGAGCGAGAGCGAGAGCGAGAGCGAGAGUCAGUCCGAGUCGGAGCCUGAAAUCCCCAAUUCGACUCAAAGCCACCGCUCCACGCAGCCGCGAAGCCAGCAAAGCCAGCAAAGCCAGAGCCGCUCGGCAGGCCAGCAAGCUUCCACGCAGAGGAGCGCCUCGUCCGGUCUGAGCACCGCUAAGACGAUGGCGACGCCGUCGACCAUCAGGACGACCAUGCAGCAGGCUGCCACUACCGCCGCCAACAAGUCCUCUUCGUCCCGUGCUGGAUCCAGCAACGCAAGGUCUGCGCCCUCGGCACAGCAAGAGCUACCGAACACGAUCCCCGAGACGCAGAAUGCGGAGUACUCACCCACCAUCGCGGAUUCGUCGAGUUUCAACUAUCCUCACCUUCCCUCUACAAAGAGCCAGGGCUCGCCUCCCACGCAGCAGCCCCGAAACCAGCAGGGCCAGGCCCGUCUGGCGGUUCCGACUGCUCACAAGAGCGUCUCUUCAGCUGGAGGGGGUAGAUCCGCCUCGACUAAGAGUUCCAGCUCCGGGAUGCCGCACUCGCCGCAGUCGACGUUCAGGAAUCGGGCUGCGGUUCUUGCGACGCAGGCGAAUUCGAGUGAGAAGAGGUCGGGUGAUAGCGAGACGCGGAAGACGCGCGGGGUGAGGGAUUUGUCCAAGUCGCCCGGUUCGAAGAAGAGUUCGAAGGCCAAUAAGGGGAGCAAGGGGAGUAAGGUGGGUUCAGGAAGGGUGAGUAAGAGCGCUUCUAAGGCAAGUUCCAAGUACAAGUCUAUGUCGCUGUAGAAAUCUGCGAGCUUCGAGCGGGUUGACUAAGUCAGCAAGACGGGCAACGGCGGUCGGAAGGAAGGCUGGCGCUAGCGUGGCUUAGAAUGUCGGAGUGGGGUUAGGG